AUGUCAAGUUCUUCUAUUUCCACCCAGAUGAAUCCAUUCAGGGACAGGAUCUGCAAGGUCUUCUCCACAGAUGGCUACUUUACAUUUGAGGACAUCCUUGGGAUGGCAUCUGUUUUCAGUUAUCUGGCAUGUCCCACCCUUAAGAGUGAAUAUGCUUUUCGGAUUUAUGAUUUCAACAAUGAUGGUUUUAUUGAUGAGGAAGAUCUCCAAAAUGUCAUCCGCAGAUUAGUCCACAAGAAUAAUCUCAGUGAGGAACAGAUUGUGUCUCUGGCAAAUCAUAUUUUGGAGGAAGCUGACUUGGAUAAUGACAGAAUGCUCUCUCUAGCAGAAUUUGAACAUGCCAUGAUAAAGUCUCCAGACUUCCUACAGUAA